AUGGUCGAUUUCCGGCAACGCCGCGAGAUCUGCGAGGACACCAUCGAGCGGUCGCCAGCCAUCGUACAGGCGACGCCGGGCGCGACCCUCGACAGCACCUUCAUGCCGGCCCAGCUGCCCGCGCUCUCGCCCGAGGCCAGCCCCCAGCUCAAACGCAAGCCCGUGCGCGUCAUCGACGCGGACUCCUUUGCCGCGGCGCGGGCCAUCUUGGCUAACGACCCGGGCGCCAAGGUCGCCGUGCUCAACCUGGCCAGCGACAUCGAGCCCGCCGGCGGGUGGCGCUUCUCCCUCUCCUGCACGCAGGAGGAGGCGCUGUGUUACUCGUCGACGCUGUACCCCACCCUCCGGCACGAGUGGUACCCUUGGCCGAACCUCGGGCCACGGUCCGCCGCGGGCAUCUACUCGCCCGGCGUGGUUGUGUUCCGCGACACGCUGGAUGCAGGGCUGGUCGAGCUGCCGGAGGACCAGCGCUUCGUGGUGUCCGUCAUCACGGUCGCGGCGCCGAUGGGCCCGCCUCUCGCCAUCGGCCGUGACGGGCGUCUGGCAUUUGCUAUGGACAGCGUCCUGCGCGACCUGCAGGAGAAAAUCAAGCUCGUGUAUCGGUGUGCGGCGCACAAUGGCCAGACGAGCCUCGUUCUGGGCGCUAUGGGGUGCGGGGCAUUUCGUUGCCCGCCUGAGGUGGUGGCGAGGGAGAUGAGAGAGAUAUUGGAGGAUGAUGAGUUUGCAGGGUGGUUUGAGAAUGUCGUGUUUGCAGUGUACGCGGUGGGUCGUGGUGGGCAGCGGAAUCUGGAGGUUUUCCAUGGCGAAUUCACUCUCCUGAGCAUCUAA